AUGCCGGCAGACAAUCGAGCUUGGUUUGCCGGGGUCCUCUUCAGACAAAGCCUUGUGAUUAAAGGGUUGACCCGAACCAAAUUUAAGUCUUCAACUAAACUGGGGUCAUGGUGGUCGAGGUCGGAAGUGAGUUCAAGGAUGGGGGAAGUUGGGCUAAUGAAAAGAACGAGUCGUGUGGCAUGUGCAAUUGAGCGAUUUGAGCACUUGUGGCGAGAUCAGCUCGAUGAUUUAAGAUUAAUCGCCACAAAGAGACGUAAUAACGAGGGCUAUGCUACUGCCUUUGACAUGAUCGGGCAUGCCAGAUACAGCCAGGAUCGACGAGAAUUGGGAAUGCCAACUCAAGUAAGGGUAUUGGGGCCUGUUGCAACUCGGCCUAUCGACGAAGCAGCCAAAAUGGACAUGAAGUGA